UUCUUGUUUUUAGUCUACACUAAACCCGACAGAGCAACGGACGUGAGAGAUCUCAAAUCUCAAACAGAAACGACGACGAACCAAAACGUCGUCUCGCGUCGGCAAAACUGAACGUAACGAAAUCUCAGCGACACAGACUUAACGAAGCGUAGACCCAAUUUGAAUUUCAAUUCCGAUUUUGUGUGCAUAAGAAUCCGAAAUAAAUAAUGACAUUGUUGUCCAACGUUGGGUAAUACUGGUAGCAGCAGGCUGUGAAGCAAAAAUGGUGAAGAUCGUUGAUGGUCUCCCCGAGAUCAGCGCCCACAAUCUCACUCAUCAUCACCACCAUCAUACGCCCACGCUUGCGCAUCAUCAUCAUCAUCCGCUGACGCUCUCAUCGCAUCCACAUCCCGUCGGCAUUAAUCUCACGAAUCUGAUGAAAAUGGCCAGAACGCCGCAUCUCAAGUCCAGCUUUUCGAUCAAUUCGAUACUGCCCGAGACGCUGGAGCAUCACGAGGACGAGGAGGAGGAUAAGCCCGAGGAUCAGUCGAUGCUUCAAUCGAAAUUUCUGCCCAACCACAACAACAAUAACCCCGUUGAUGCCACGCAUUGGGGCAACGACGAGCACGAUCCGGAGAGCGAUGUCGAGUCGGAUCUGGAUGUCACGUCCAUGUCCCCGGCGCCGGCUGUCACCAACAACGAGAGCAGCGACGUGGACGAGGUGGACGACUGCGACGACGUGGACGAAGACGUGGACUGUGAUGCCGAUGGCGAUGGCGAGACCACCGACGGCGAUGCCGAGACCAAGUCCAGCGAUGGCAAACCCGUCAAAGACAAGAAGGGCAACGAGAAGCCCCCCUACAGCUACAACGCGCUCAUCAUGAUGGCCAUCCGCCAGAGCCAGGAGAAGCGGCUGACCCUCAACGGCAUCUACGAGUACAUCAUGACCAACCAUCCGUACUACAGGGACAACAAGCAGGGCUGGCAGAACUCCAUCCGGCACAAUCUCAGCCUCAACAAGUGCUUCGUGAAGGUGCCGCGGCACUACGAUGACCCCGGCAAGGGCAACUACUGGAUGCUCGAUCCCUCGGCGGAGGAUGUCUUCAUCGGGGGAUCCACUGGCAAGCUGCGGCGACGCACCACAGCCGCCUCCCGCUCCCGGCUGGCUGCCUUCAAGCGUUCGCUGAUCGGCCCCAUGUUCCCCAGCCUGGCGGCCUAUCCCCAGUUCGGACAGUUCCUCACGUAUCCCCCCUCGGCGCCCAGUCUGCUGGCCAGCAUGUACCAGCGCUACAAUCCUUUUGCGCCAAAGAGCGGGCCCGGCGGAAUGCCGGGCAUGCCGCCGCCGCCGCCAGGACCUGGACCGGGUCAGGGCUUGCCGCCGCCUCCGUUCGGGGUGCCGCCGACAGGCAAUGAGCUCUAUCAGCGCCUCCAGUACCAACAGCUGUUGCAUCAGCAUGCGGCAGCCGCCGCUCUGGCGGCACAUCAAAGACAGCUCUCUGCGGCGGCGGCGGCGACGGCACCACAGCCUCAUAUGACACAUCUGGGGCAGCCGCCCUCGUCGCCCAGUCACCUCCAUGGCGGUGGCAGUAGCGGAGGAGGAGGCGACUCACCAGGUCCCUCACCACAGCCGCUGAUCAAUCCGGUCACCGUCGUCUCGCGCAAUAGCUGAAGGAGCGAGCGAGGGAGCGAGGGAGCGGGUUGCGGCAUGGCGUUUGGUAGUUGAUUUAGUUUAAGUAUUGAUUGUACAUAGAAAUAGCCGCGACUGAGGCGCCAGACGCUUGUAUAUAGAGAAACCAGGAUGGGUGCCAGCAGGGAUUCCAUUUGCAGAGUCGAAGAUGUGCAGGCAAGUGGGAAAUUAUGAGAGAAGAGCGUAGCAGAAGUAAUAAGAUUUUUGUGGAGGUAAUUCC